AUGAUGAAUCAAACUUCCAUGACAGAGUUUGUGCUUCUGGGAUUUGCUAAUAUUCGAGAGCUACAAAUUUUACACUUUGUGUUGUUUCUCUCCAUUUACUUGGUAGCUCUGAUUGGCAACGUUCUUAUAAUCACAAGUGUCCUCCAGAAUCGCCAUCUUCAUACUCCUAUGUAUUUCUUCCUGGUCAACCUAUCAGUUGUAGAUAUUGGCUACAUUUCGACCACGGUUCCAAAAUCCAUGGCUGACUCAUUGCUGGACAAUAAACUCAUUUCGUACUCCGGAUGUGCUGCACAGGUUUUUUUCAUUAGCAUGCUUGGAUGUAGUGAGUUGAGUUUGCUUGCAGCCAUGGCUUAUGACCGUUACGUAGCAAUCUGCUAUCCUCUACAGUACAGCCUGAUCAUGAACUGGAAUGCUUGUUUCAAAAUGGUAGUUGUGUGUUUGCUCUGUAAUUCAGUCAAUGGAGUGGUACAAGUUGCAUGGACAUGUAAUUUACAUUUCUGUUCAUCCCAUGUUGUUGAACAAUUUUUCUGUGAUAUCACACAACUAUUAAAGAUAUCUUGCUCUGAUACACAGCCUAUAAUCUGGUAUAUUUUUGCCUUUAUACUUCUUGUGGUCUGUCCUUGCUUUCUUCUUGUAACAAUUUCCUAUAGUUACAUAUUCUCUUCAGUGUUCAAGAUUCAGUCAGCUCAGGGCAGGCGUAAAGCCUUCUCCACCUGCACCCCACAUCUGAUUGUAUUUUCUUUAUUUCUUACAACUGGCUUGUUUUCUUACACGAGACCAAAGUCCUUAUCUUCUCUGCCUCUGAAUUUGUUGAGUGCCUUUUUGUAUGCAGUUUUGCCACCAGUUAUGAAUCCCAUUAUCUACAGCUUGAGAAAUAGAGAGAUCCAAGUUGCUUAUUUGAAAACAUUAAGAAGAUGGUUAAAGUUCAUAUAG